AGUGCUUUGCCAUUGGUCCAGAUGUUGGUUUGGCUAUAACGAGGCUCUCUCUGAUCAAGUAUACCAAUGACGGACAAUGUACCUCUGUUCGUUGCGCAGGAAGCCUUGUGCUACUACCCGAUAAGUACCAUUUACGAUUCCUGCCCGAGGUAUCUUUUCUACUCUCUUCUCUUGGCGAGCUGCGUCACAAGAUGGACAGGGUGGUUAGCAGAUGUGUUUCUAGGCACCGCAGCUACAUACGCAGGCACGGCUGCAUUCCAGUCCUUCAUCCUAGUUGCAAGUCCUGCCAAGCAACACUAUCCCGGCCCAGUCACCAUUCCCUAUAUUUCUUCUGCGAUGCAGCAAAAUGAUACCAGACUUUCAUCAGAUGACUUUCCAGCGCUUGUCAUCAAUGCGGACCAGGUGAUGGUCCAGCCGGCGGCUCUCGAGCUCGAUGCUGACGCUAUUCUCGCUAUCGUGGUGACCGGGUACCUAGUCUUCCUGCCAUUGCAAUGUUGGUCUCGGGUAUUAAGUCACAAUCGUGCUCGGAAUAUUCUUUUCUGUCUAUGGAAUGCUUUAAUGUUAGCCGGCUCGAUUUGCGCAUUAGUAUAUUGGCCAACCUUACAACGAACUCCGAAGCAGUACAUGUUUUGCUAUCCAGAUAUUCCGCCCUUUGAGACGACAACUAGUGAUGGAUGGCAGGACACUUGGAGAACUUCGACUUGGAACGAAAGUGUUUGGAGUACCUUCUCCAACAUGACGAAAUUUGAUCAGCUGGGUGAUAUUUGCUACAAUCCGUGUUUCAACACAACCCAAAUCUUGAGGCAGCAGACAUCCUUGGCUUCAGCAGUAGUAUCAGAUUCAUACAAUCGGCAAGCUGUGGGGAACGAUAACAAUUUUUGGGAUAGAGUCAUCUACUCGAGACGAUACAUCUAUACCUUGAUUGUUCUUUGUGUUAUUUUGAAUUGCGUUUUGAUGACUCUGAAAGUAUUACCUUAUCGUUCACAUAUUCGCUCCGUACAGCCGGUAGCAAUAUGGAGAAAUAGAAAGGAAAUUUUGAAUGACUUGAAAGACAAUUUUUGGGAGGCAGUCGCGUCAUCAAAACCCGUUGAUCGCUCUCGGGACGAGGAAAACUCAACCAGCACCACCGCCACGAACAAUGCUGGCCAGAAAUUCAAAAUACGAGACUACAUUUGUGCAGUAUUCAGUGUUCGAUUUGCAAAAUUAUGGUUUCGUUUUUUUGGCGAUGUCGCUAUCUUAAUCGGUUUGCUAUUUAGCAUCAUUAUUAGUCCCUUCACGGUCAUCGCGUUUGUCGUGUGGAUAGAAUGGUACAUUCGUAACGAUGGUCCGUCACAGGAAAGUCCACGUCAGGUUGGCCAAUGGGCCUACUUGCUUUCUAUUGGACUGCUCCUUAUUUCGGCAGCUGUGUUGAAAAUGAAAUACCGAGUCGCUUCCCAAACAGAGCUAAAUUAUGAGUUUGAAGAAACGCGAAAGCAUUUGGAGAAGCUACAAAGAGUACGAGACGAAAGGUUUGGAAAUACUCGAUCGCUUGGGAUCUAG